AUGGCUAGGGACGGGGCCGGGCGCUGGGCAGGUACGGGGCCGGGUGCUGGGCUAGGGACGGGGCCGGGUGCUGGGCAGGUACGGGGCCGGGCGUUGGGCAGGUACGGGGCCGGGCGCUGGGCAGGUACGGGGCCGGGCGCUGGGCAGGUACGGGGCCGGGCGCUGGGCAGGUACGGGGCCGGGCGCUGGGCAGGUACAGGGCCGGGCUCUGGGCAGGUACGGGGCCGGGCUCUGGGCAGGUACGGGGCCGGGCGCUGGGCAGGUACAGGGCCGGGCGCUGGGCAGGUACGGGGCCGGGCGCUGGGCAGGUACGGGGCCGGGCGCUGGGCAGGUACAGGGCCGGGCACUGGGCAGGUACUGGGCCGGGCGCUGGGCAGGUACGGGGCCGGGCGCUGGCAGGUACAGGGCCGGGCGCUGGGCAGGUACGGGGCCGGGCGCUGGGCAGGUUCGGGGCCGGGCGCUGGGCAGGUACAGGGCCGGGCGCUGGGCAGGUACGGGGCCGGGCGCUGGGCAGGUACGGGGCCGCGCGCUGGGCAGGUACGGGGCCGGGCGCUGGGCGCGGAAUGGGGCCGGGCGCGGGCUAGUGCUAUGGCAUCUCGGAUCCCCCCGUCUCUUGUUGGAUCUGCGCGCCGCGCUAACAUCUUGAAAACGUGGCGGCACGCGAUUGCAGUGCGCGUGGGGCGCUUCAACGAGGAAGAGCAGUGCUCUCUGCGCUCCCCCCGUGCGUCGCUCUGCUUCUCCCCUCUGCGACCCAAGCCCGUGGCUAAGCCGCCCAGCAAAAAGCCGAGGCCCAGGGAUGUGAUGGGUACCACUCCUGCUGUGAAGCCCAGAGCGUUGCAGAGCGGUCAAGCGACCGUCGCAGCUGCAGCAGUAAAAGCCAUGCCAUCUAAGGCCACGCCAGCAAAGGUGACGCCUAAGGCGACCCCAGCUAAGGUGACUCCAGCUAAGGCGACCCCAGCUAAGGCGACGCUAGCUAAGGCUAUACCAGCCAAGGCGACGCCAACUAAUGCAACGCCAGCAAAGGCGCCGCCAGCUAAGGCGACGCCAGCGACUCCAGCUAGGACGACAUGUGCAAGCCCUACUGCUGCGGUAGUUGUGAAGGCUGCAGGUGCAAGCAGCCCAGCAGCAGCAGCAGCAGCAGCAGCAACAGCCGCAGCAGCUCCCCUCAGCCCGAAGGCGGGUGUUGUUGGCGGGUCUGGAAUUCCGAGACCUGCAGGCAGUGCAGCAACAAGGAGGGUCGCAGCAGGAGCGACGGCGAGUGGCAUUCCCAAGCCAGGGAAAGUAGCAGCUAAGUAA